AGGAAUUCGAAAAGAAUAAUAAAAUUUUAAAUGAUAUUUCAUAGAAUUAAAUUAAAUUAAAUAUUAGAAAGUCUUACUAGUAUUUAAGUGAAUGUAUUAUUUAAGGAAAUAUAACAAAUGAAGAAGAUUUAUAAAACAUAAGCCAAAUAAUAAACGAAAAUAAUAAAUUAAUUCAAGAAAGCGAAAAAAUAAAAAAAUAUGCAGAUUGUGUUUCUACUUUAAGUGAUUUAUAACUAAUUAAUGAAUAGUUAAAGAAUUCAUGUAAAUAAAUAUAAAAAAAUAUAAAAAGUGAUAAUAUAAAUAAUAAUGUAUAUUCAGAUAUUUAAUAAUAGCUAAACUAUGCCACUUUUAAUAAUUUAGAGUUCUAAAGCAAUUAAAAAAUUUAACCAAAUAAAAAAAAAUUAGAUUAAAAUUAAUAAUAAAAUUCAAAAUUUUUUUAAGGUAAAAAUAAAUGCUAAUUAUAAUCUAAUAUAAAUAAUAUCUAGAUGACAAAAAAUCUUAUUUAAUAACAUUCCGGAUAAGGGAAAAAUAUUUAAUAUAUAGAUUCUUAUUAAAUAACUUAAAAUAAUAAAUAAAAACAUGACAAAGACAUCAAAUAUCACAAAAAAUAAUCAAGUAUAUACUAGCUUAGCAAUGAGAAAUAAUAAAAUACUACUUAAUUUACAGAUACAUUACAUAAAAAAUCGAGUUAAUCAGUUUAAAACUCAUAAAGGUUAUAAUAAAUU